AUGGCGGUCGGGGACUUUCUACCUCUAGUUCAAGGAGCAGUCGGUCUUCUUGGUCUCUAUGGCCUCUUCCUCUCGAUUCAUGCAAUCCUCAAUCUGUCUAAAUACCUCUCUACCUCGCAAAAACUAGCAAAAGUAUCCAGCACAGCGCAAGACCAGCUACAGCAGACGCGCAAUACACAAGCUAUGGCUCUCUUCAGCGUGGUAUAUAGUCUCGGGUCUCUUGUGUUUCUGAGAUAUCUCGGUCUUGCUGGUAAGGGCAUCACCUUGGGUUCAUGGAUCUCUCUUGCCAAUACAGUCGUGUCUGUUUGGUGUUAUCGGACCAUUAGCAAGUUUUGGACGGAUAAUGGAGAGGGUAUUGAGAAGCUCUACAAAGGCGAAUCAAGCGGGACGAGCAAAAUUGCGGCAAAGCUGAGCAAAGCAGCAACAAGCACCUUGGCAAAGAGCACACCGGGCGCAGGUGAAUAUGCGAAUGCAUGGGACAAGACGAAGCGACUGAAUCUGGUCAUUUUACUCACCGGAGGGUUAUGGACGGCGACGUGUUUGAUAUACAGUACAUUGGGCUAA